AUGUCGCGACAAAGCGUAGCAGCGCGCAACUUGUCCCUGACGGAAGAGCUCGAGAGAAUCGAGCAGUCGAUUACACUAACUCUUCAAGAAAUCGAUCGCAACUUCAGCAAGUCGCAUCGCAUAGUAACGACAAGCAUCCUGCCUCUCGUAGAGCAGUAUGGCGACCAUUCUCGCGCUGUCUGGGAAGCUUCAAAGUUCUGGAAGCAAUUCUUCGAGGCUUCGGCCAAUGUAUCCCUCUCCGGCUACGAGGAGCUUGCCAACGAUGACGAGAGCGAAAAUGUGGAAGAGAGCACAGCUAUGAGAGACGAUAUAACGGACGAUUACACGACCCAGCACAACGAAGAUGUCACCACUGCCACAGGCGCUGAGCAAUCCACCUUCCACGCAGAGGAUUCCAUGCUUGACGACGCAGAGCUCUCAGGAAGCACACCUAGACCCGGAAGGACAAAGACUCGAUUCUCCGACAUGGAAUCGCCCUAUGAAGUUAUGAAGCGCGAAAUGGAGGACGAAGAUCAUGGCGGCAAUAACACCACUGUUCUAGACGACAAUGAAGACUCAACUGUCUUGUUCGCCCAGCACACCGCCAGACUUCCCGAUAUGUCAAUGACGCCGCAGGGCCAGCGCGAUUACACCAUGACCGGCGAGCAAUCCGUCCAAUCCCACAAGGAUCCACUCCUGCACCGAAUUCUGGACAAGAACUAUCGCAUCCAGGCUACUCCUCACAAGCCCGCCCUACGAAUCUCGCCGCACAAGAGUGCUCAGCCAAAGAGUGAUAAGAAGGAUACAUCAACCUGGGCUGACUCGCCUGGAUCUUCUCCCGAGAUGGCAGUACCGACUUUGCGCAGUGAGGUCUUCAUGUCACCCUACAAGAGCAAUGCCCGACAACGUCUGGCAGCGGCAACACAGGGUCCUCGCACGCCGGGUGUCAGUGUACAGACACCAGCAACAGCUCGCAAGACACGCGAUGUGUUUGCUACUGAUGAAAGUGCCAAGGGUAAAGACAAAUACGAAAUCAAUUGGGAUAGUGACGAGGGAGAUGAGGAUAUCGAUUUGUACGCUGGCAUGAGUCCACCCAAGACGAUCCAAUUCGCCUUUCCUCCCUCGAAACUCCUUCAAACACCCGCACGCGAAGCAAGUCAGAGAAUUGUUGGCGAUAUCCUUAUAGACGCUGGGGCUGAUCCGAACUCAUCUGAAUACAGUCCUUCAAUGGUAAAGAUGAAUGAAGAUAUCCUCGACGAUAGCUUCUAG